AUGCGCUUCGUGAUGGCGGCGUUGGCGGCCGUGACCGGCGCCCCGCUCCCGCCGCGCGAGGUCCUCCGCUCGCUCAUCGAGGAGGCUGUCCUCCUCCCAGCGGGCGAUGUGGUGGCGGCGCUGCUCGCGGUGCCGGCUGAAGUGCCUCCGGCUCCGGAAGAUCUUGCCCAGGCCAUGCUCUACGCCUGCCGUUACCGCAAGCCUGUAGCAGUGGUCGAGGCUCUGCUCGCUGCGGGCGCCCCGCUUGAUGUCGAGGAUGCGUCCGGUAACACGCCACUGCUCAUGGCGGCGCUUCAUGGCCACGCCCCGCUCAUCAGGUACUUUAUGGAGCACGGUGCCGAACUGGGCGCAACCAAUACGCUCGGAAACUCGCUGCUGCUCAAGCUCGCUGCCGUCACAGGCCGCCGGCGCGCCGCCAAGGCGCUCGCUGCGCUGAAGCUCGUCCUCGCCGCCGCUGACUCGCCAGCCGCGCUCGCACCGCUCCUUGCUGUGGUCAACAAGGUUGGCGACAACGUGUUCCACAAGCUUGCCCGCCAGGGCUCGUCGGACAUGGCUGACAUGCUGCUCGCCGCCGCGGAUCCUUCGCUCGCCGCCGACCUGCUCGCCACCGUCAACGCCGCCGGCGAGACGCCACUCCACGCUGCAGCGCGGCUCGGGCACGACAGUGUGCUCUCGCGCUACCUCGCCCACGCCUCGCCCAACAUCCGGGACGCCAACGGCGCGACUCCGCUGAUGGUGGUCGGAAUCGAACGCGCGCUCGGUCUCUACCUCGGCACUGCCGCCUGUCUGGGCGACGCCGGCGCCGACGUCAACGCCGUUGACGCUGCCGGCCGCACCGCGCUCCACAACGCCACCGCUACCAUCGAGCUCGCCCAAUGGCUGCUCGACCGUGGCGCCGCGCUGGAAGUGCGCGACGCCGCCGGCGAGACCCCGCUCGCCGCCGCCCUGCGCGCCGGUGCGCUCCCGCGUUUCCACUUUCUGCUCAACGCCGGCGCCCAGCUCGCACCGCUUUGGCCACUCUUCCCACCGUGUGACGUCUUUGGCGCACUCGCCUCGUACUCGGCAAGCUCGCCCUCCGCUUUUACUGCUGUUCGCGACCAGCUCGUCGCUGCCAUCGACGGUGUUGCUGUCGAUCGCGUCGCCGUCGACGCCGCGCUAGACUCCGCGCUCGCAGGCUUCCACCUUGACGGCUGCUCGCUCGCCCUCGCCUCUCUUGACGCGCUCGGAGUCGAGUCUGCCGAGCUGGAGGCGGCCAUGACGGCACGCCGCGAUGCCGUCUUUGGGACUCUCGACGACGACGGUGCGAACCUUGUCCACUGUGCGGCAUCAGCCGAUGCCGACACGCUCCUCACAAAGCUUCUCAGCUACUUUCCAGCCGCCCGCGACGCGCUCUCGACUCCGGCGCCGGGGCAGGCCGAGUUUUCCGAUGGCGGGCGUCCACUGCACUUUGCGGCGCAAGCCAACGCGCUCGAUGCCAUCACUGUGCUCCUUGCCGCAGGCGCUGACGUCGACGCCGUCGAGCCGACCUUUGGCUUUACUCCGCUCAUGGCUGCCGCCCGUUCCGGCGCCACCGCUGCAGCCACCGCGCUCCUUGCCGCCGGCGCCUCGCCAGCCAUCACCAACAUUCAUGACGAGACCGCUGCCGACAUUGCCGAUCUGGCCGGCCACAUCGAUCUGGCCGACCUUGUCCGGCCGCCGCGUUGA